CACAAAACCCACAAUUAGCGAAAUUUCACAAACUCCUUUCUUUUCACGCUAAAAGCGGCUUACAGGUACGCUUUGGAGUGCAAUUCUGAGAGUUUUAGGUUUCUUCGUUUUGAAUCAUUCUUCUCUUAUUUCAUUCUACCAAAUCCCAAAACAAGAUAUAAACCCUUAAAAUUUGUUAGUUUUAGGUUUAGUGUUCCUUUCGAUUUUUGCUUUUGCCUUUGCUUUCGCGCGGCUUGCUGGGACGCCUUUCUUUCGAAGUUAUGGAGUCUACUCUGGUGAUCAAGGCUAAGUGUGGUGAUACACUGAGGCGUUUCAAUGCUCCCAUUAAUGAAAAUGGACUACUUGAUCUCGACUUGAGUGGAUUGAGGGCAAAGAUCCUUGGUCUUUUUAACUUCCCUUCUGAUGCUGAUUUUAUAUUAACUUAUGUUGACGAAGAUGGGGAUGUAGUUACGCUUGUCGAUGACGAUGAUUUGGUUGAUGUUAUGAAUCAAAGUUUGAAAUUUUUGAGAGUGGAUGUGCAGCUUAAAAAUGAUAAAUUUGCUACAUCUAAUGCUAAAUCAUCCUGUGGUACUUCUACACACAUGAGAUCUCCUAGGGGCCAAAGCCCGUUGCCGAACUUAAACGGUGGUGUUGCUGAUAUUUUGAAAUCUGUGCCAGAGCCAUUACGUGAGGCUCUUUCAAAGUUAUCUCUUGACUUGGCUUCAAAGGCUGCUUGUUCUAAUUCUGUGGUUGCUGAUCUUGUUGAUUGCGUUUCAAAAAUGGGACAGUCCUUCUUGAAUACAGCCCAGCAGCCUCAAACUGGUGCUAGUGCAAGCACAUAUUUCGGGACUGUGGAAAACCCAGUGAGUUCAGCGGGUCCUACUAUGCCAAAUGCUACCAAUAGUGGAACCAGCCGGGAGUUGAGAGCUGAAAAUGUGACUAGAGAUGUUGGUAUGCCCAUCACACCUGUCCCUGCUCCUGUUGAUUUGAAUCUCGAUCCUCCUUGUGAUUCCUUUCUAUCUGGAUGCGCAACUAAUAACUUUAAACAAACAGUUGAUGGUGAUAACAGGAAAAAAAAUAAGAAACAGAAUUUUGGUCGUCCAAGUAUGCCUGUUAAAAUUGGGGCACUCUUAGAUACUUCUGCAUCAGUAAGGCCUUUUGGUAAUGAAUGCCCAUUUAGUGGAAUGCCUGUGGCAAAUGACUUAUCUGCACCUCCUUCUGUACUGCCUCGAGUUACUCCGUUUAAGAAGAGCAGUGGUCGCAAUGAUGGUGUGGUUGGCAUGUUUCAUAGAGGUGUUCAGUGUGAUGGCUGUGGGGUUCAUCCGAUUACUGGACUUCGGUACAAGUCCAAAGUACGAGAGGAUUAUGAUCUCUGCAGCAUAUGCUUUUCGGAAAUGGGUAAUGAAGCUGACUACAUUAUGAUAGCCAGGCCAGUGUCUUACCGACGUCCACAUUCAUUCAAGGGGUUACAGGAUCCUAAGUACUGGGUCAGCUCCUUACCAACAGAUAUCAUGAAACCCUUUGGACCAAAGCCAUUAUGGGGUAAGCUGCUGGAUAGCCACUUCGUUAUGGAUGUGAAUGUAUUAGAUGGUACUGUAAUGGCUCCAUCCACUCCAUUUACCAAGAUUUGGCGGUUGCGCAAUAGUGGCACCGUUGCUUGGCCUCAGGGAUCACGGCUUGUGUGGACUGAGGGAAACAAGUUCAGUUGUGCAUAUUCUGCUGAAUUAGAGCUUCCUGCAGAUGGUUUGCCUGUGGAUGGGGAAAUUGAUAUUGCAGUUGAUUUUAUUUCACCUGACUUACCUGGCCGAUAUUUAUCAUGUUGGAAGAUGGCAUCCCCAUCAGGAACAAAAUUUGGACAACGCGUCUGGGUUCUUAUCAAUGUUGAUGCUUCCACGAAAUACUCUGUUCCUGAUGGAGUUCGAGGCUUGAACUUGAAUUUUCCCCCUGACUGCUCUGUCUCUAAAUGCCGGGAUGUUAUAGAUGUGAAUGUUCAGCCAGUUACCGAUAGUGGGAUUAUGGAGCCUUCCAGUUCUUCAUCAGCAGUGCCAGUAAAGCCCAUGGUUGAGGUUGAACGGCCAGAGAAGGACCAGGAACUUAAUUUGCCAAUAAAUAAUUCCUUGUUAGUUGGUAAUGGUGUUUCAAACCCUGCUUCCCGACAGGCCUCCCCUUCUGUGUUAUAUCCUAUUGUAGACUUGUCUGGAGCAGGGCCCUCCAAAACCGUUCCUGCUGUGGAUGUUCCAACAUCACCCGAGGAGACAGAUGAGAAGGAUGUCUUUGAGGAGUCUCUUCUCAAAGAACUUGAAGAGAUGGGCUUCAAGCAGGUCGAUUUGAAUAAGGAGAUCCUGAGGAUCAAUGCUUACAACUUGGAGCAAUCGGUGGAUGAUCUCUGUGGUGUUUCUGAGUGGGAUCCAAUUCUUGAAGAGUUGCAGGAGAUGGGUUUCCGGAAUGAGGAAAUGAACAGGAAGCUGCUUAAGAAGAACAAUGGGAGUAUCAAGGGUGUAGUGAUGGAUCUCCUUACUGGAGAGAAGGCUUAAUGUGAUACACCUCAUCCCUGUCUAAACAAUCAAAUAUAGAUUGCCUUGUCUUUAUAUCAUGAAUAAAUAGUGAUAACUAUUGACCGCCUUUGGACUAUUAUGGGCUGGGGUGAUGAGCAAGUAGACAUUUUAGUAGUGGGGACAGAGAAUGCUUGCUGAACAUAAUUUAUGCUAUAUAUUGUGGAUAGAUAUAUGUUUAUAUAUAUAUAAAUAUAUAGAUCUUGUUUAUUUA